AUGAGAUUAGACUAUGCUCCCAAGGCGCCUGAAGGCCUCGGCGCAGAGGAAGAGCAGAUUUACGAUCGAAUCCGAGCUCGCAGAGCACCAGGCGAGCUGUUGCCCCUUGACUUGGCCCUGCUGCAUACGCCUAAAAUGGCAGAUGGCUGGAACAGUUUGCUGGGCGCCGUGCGCACGAAAGGAUGUCUCUCAGAUGAUCUUCGCGAGAUUGCCAUCUGUCGGCCUGCCAUAAUCAACCGUGCCUGGUUUGAGUGGGCGCAUCAUGCACCGCUCUUGACGGCGACUCCAGGCUUUACCGAGGAACAAUACGCCGUGGUCAAGCAGCCUGAGCCCAAGGAACAGGGUCCCCUGACCGACAAGCAAUGGGCCGUCCUUCGCUACAGUGACGCUAUGACGAAGACCAUCUCCGUUCCUGACGAUAUCUUUGAAGGACUGCAGAAGGCUGGGUUUACCGACCGAGAGAUUGUCGAAAUCACUCUUACUUGUGCGGCUUAUAACAUGGUCAGCCGGUUUCUGGUCGCUUUGAACGUAGGGGAAGCCAAUGGGGAGGUGCCAGAUGCCUUGAAGGCACAUUUUGGAGAGAAGCCAUGA